AAAGCAUUCAAUUCAAAUUACUAUAUCAUAUAUCAUUUUACUGUCAUUUUUAUUUCUAAUUACAUCUUACAUUUGAAUUCCUUGAUAGAUUCAAGCCGCGUCCGAAUAUGCUUACUUCAGUUCAAUCCCUGAUGGUCAUUGGGUACCUGGCGUGCUUAACUACUAUUAAGGCAUCAGCAAAUGUUUGCGAUAUUCGUGGUAAUGGUGUAGCUGAUGAUGCAUGUGGGAUGCAGAAGGCGUUCGCUGGUAGCUCAGUUUACCCCCAGGUAAUGCCUGACUUUAAACCACGAGGAGCACUUUAUGCUCAAUAUGGUCACGUCGUCGUUGGUGGCGCUCAACAACUUUCACCCACUAGAGUCAAAACAUCACCUAUCUUAUCACUUGCUCUCUUAGACGCAAAACUCUCUUCAACUAAAUACGUGGCUUUUUGUAUCGAUUUCCAACCCAAUAACCGUUAUACAAAACUUAUUUGGCUUCAAGAUGGACUCGCUUUAAAUGCAAAGACUCAUCUUCUGGCAUCUUCAAGGCGGGCUUUAUUACCUUACCAAAGUCCAAAUCCACCUAAAGGAACUGGAACACAUGAAUAUGUCAUUCUUGUUUAUCAACAAACCAAAGUUGAUCAAUUUCGUAAUUGGAAUUCAUCACCUUUCAAUUUGAAGAAUUUCGUAACAAGAUUCGGGUUGAAUGGUCAUUUGAUAGCUGGAAGCUUCUUCAAGUCUACUUACGAUGUUCAGAUGCACCCUAGAUCAGUCUCUACUGCAACCAAAUUACAAAGUUCACCAAUCAAGGAAGCUUUACGUGUCCGCCCCAGGUCUCUCGGUUCGAUCACUGAUCUUUGCAACCUCAAUGGUGAUGCAGCUUCUGAUGGGUGUCAAAUGCAAAAGGCCUUUGCAGGUAGCUUAGUUGCCCCCCAUAUUAUCCCUAAUUUCCAUCCUUUAGGUGCACUUUACGUUCAAUAUAGAAAUAUCGUAGUAGGAGGAGCUCAACAAUUAACACCUUCCAGAACUAACGUUCAUCCAACUUUAUCAUUAAAGAUAGCUACAAACAAUUACAACGUGAUUGGAAAGAAAUAUGUAGUCCUCAUGGUUGAUAGUUCAAAAGGCACCUCAAUCGUGAACCUUAGUUGGGCUCUCUGGGGAAUUUCAUUCGAUUCAAACUCUCAUCAAAUGAACCUCACUCCAAAUCAAAUUCUUUGUGGUUAUAUUCCUCCACACUCUAAACCUGCAGAACGUGAAUACGUUUUUUUAGUCUAUGAACUUCCUAAUAACGCAUUGAAUAUCUCGAAAGAAUAUCGUACUUUGUUUGGGUCUGUUAAUGCUUCGAAUCAUGAUAAAGUUUUCUUUGAUCUUGGAAAGUUUGUGGGAUUACAUAAUUUGAAAGGUCCGAUUGCUGGAAGCUUUUUCAAAUUAGAUCUUUGAUUAUAACGUGGUGGUCCACAAUUUAUUGAUUGACUAAUCUUUACAGUGAUAUCCUUUUAGCAUGGUGGUUGUUUCAUCUCUUCAUAUAUCCCUUUUUUCAAGUAAUAUUGAAUUCUUCGUUUUUCUUGGGAGUUGGGAUUUUUGUUUGGUAUUUACAGCUUUUUGUUGUUGUUAAAUUUGCGUGUAAUUCAUCCUCAUCAUGAGUAUUGGUUCUACGCAUUGAAU